GAGAGCGAGUUGUCGGGGGGAGAGAGGGCGGACAGGGGGCGCGGAGUCGGAGUGGCGCAGCAAGUGGCUGCAGGUGGCGACGGUGGCGGGGGUGGGGAGUGAAGGGGUGCGGGGGCCGCGGAGCAGGAGGCUGAGCGGGUCCGAAGAGCAACUAAAGCUGCCGCCUGGCCUACUGGGCCGGGGGCCGCGGAGCCCCCACCCGUGCAGAUGGACCUCAACCGGAUCAUCCAAGCGCUGAAGGGCACCAUCGACCCGAAGCUGCGGAUCGCGGCCGAGAGCGAGCUCAACCAGUCCUACAAGAUCAUCAACUUUGCCCCCAGUUUACUCCGGAUCAUAGUCUCCGACCAUGUGGAGUUCCCUGUGCGUCAGGCCGCCGCCAUCUACCUGAAGAACAUGGUGACACAGUACUGGCCAGACCGCGAGCCUCCCCCAGGAGAAGUGAUAUUUCCAUUCAACAUUCAUGAGAACGACCGCCAGCAAAUCCGAGACAACAUUGUGGAAGGGAUCGUGCGGUCUCCAGACUUAGUGAGGGUCCAGCUGACAAUGUGCCUCCGUGCCAUCAUUAAGUACGACUUCCCUGGUCACUGGCCCGCCGUCGUGGACCGGAUAGACCACUACCUGAGGUCCCAGAGCAGUGGGAGCUGGCUUGGAAGCUUGCUGUGUCUCUACCAGCUGGUGAAGACCUAUGAAUAUAAGAAGGCAGAGGAGAGAGAACCCCUGGUGGCUGCCAUGCAGAUCUUCUUGCCCCGAGUGCAGCAGCGGGCUCUGCAGCUGCUCCCCGACCCCUCUCAUUACUCAGUGCUGCUGCAGAAGCAGAUCCUGAAGAUCUUCUACGCCCUUGUCCAGUAUGCGUUGCCUCUUCAGCUGGUGAACAACCAAACCAUGACUGCAUGGAUGGAGAUCUUCCGGACCAUCAUUGACCGGACAGUCCCCCCGGAGACGCUGCAGAUUGACCAGGACGACAGGCCAGAGCUGGUCUGGUGGAAAUGCAAAAAGUGGGCACUGCACAUCGUGGCGCGGCUCUUUGAACGAUAUGGAAGCCCAGGAAAUGUCACAAAAGAAUACUUUGAAUUUUCUGAAUUCUUCUUGAAAACCUAUGCUGUUGGAAUCCAGCAGGUACUACUUAAAAUUUUAGAUCAGUACAGACAGAAAGAAUAUGUAGCCCCCCGUGUUCUUCAGCAGGCGUUCAACUAUCUUAACCAAGGCGUCGUUCACUCUGUCACCUGGAAGCAGCUGAAGCCACACAUACAGAAUAUCUCUGAAGAUGUGAUUUUUUCUGUGAUGUGCUAUAAAGAUGAGGAUGAAGAGCUGUGGCAAGAAGACCCGUAUGAGUACAUAAGGAUGAAAUUUGAUAUUUUUGAAGACUAUGCUUCUCCUACCACAGCAGCGCAGACCCUCUUAUACACUGCUGCGAAGAAAAGAAAAGAGGUGUUGCCAAAAAUGAUGGCAUUCUGUUAUCAAAUUCUAACAGACCCGAACUUUGACCCUAGGAAGAAAGAUGGAGCCCUGCAUGUGAUUGGUUCCCUAGCUGAUAUUUUAUUGAAGAAGAGUUUAUUCAAGGACCAGAUGGAGCUGUUGCUGCAGAAUCACGUGUUCCCGUUAUUAUUGUCUAACCUAGGAUAUCUUCGUGCGAGAUCUUGCUGGGUGCUCCAUGCCUUCAGUUCCCUGAAGUUUCACAAUGAGCUCAACCUGAGGACGGCGGUGGAGCUGGCCAAGAAGAGCCUGAUUGACGACAAGGAGAUGCCGGUCAAGGUGGAGGCGGCACUGGCCCUGCAGUCGCUUGUUUCUAACCAGGCACAAGCUAAGGAGUACAUGAAGCCACACGUGAGGCCUGUGAUGCAGGAACUGCUGCACAUCAUCAGGGAGACAGAGAAUGACGAUGUGACGAAUGUCAUCCAGAAGAUGAUCUGCGAGUACAGCCAGGAGGUGGCCUCCAUCGCCGUGGACAUGACCCAGCACCUAGCGGAGAUAUUUGGUAAAGUUCUCCAGAGUGAUGAAUAUGAAGAAAUUGAAGACAAAACAGUAAUGGCCAUGGGGAUUCUGCACACCAUCGACACGAUCUUGACCGUUGUAGAGGAUCAUAAAGAGGUUACUCAACAGUUAGAAAAUAUCUGCCUGCGUAUCAUCGAUCUUGUUUUACAGAAACAUGUAAUUGAAUUCUAUGAGGAAAUUCUCUCGUUGGCAUACAGUCUGACCUGCCAUGGUGUCUCCCCUCAGAUGUGGCAGCUGCUGGGUAUCCUGUAUGAGGUCUUCCAGCAGGACUGCUUUGAGUACUUCACAGACAUGAUGCCUCUCCUGCAUAACUACGUGACAAUAGAUACCAACACUCUACUCUCCAGCCCCAAACACCUAGAAAUACUCUUCACAAUGUGCAGAAAGGUCCUGUGUGGAGAUGCUGGAGAAGAUGCAGAGUGUCACGCGGCCAAGCUCCUUGAGGUCAUCAUUCUCCAGUGCAAGGACAGGGGCAUCGAUCAGUGCAUACCACUUUUCGUCCAGCUGGCCCUGGAGAGGCUGACCCGAGGGGUGAACACCAGCGAGCUGCGUACCAUGUGUCUGCAGGUGGCCAUCGCUGCCCUCUACUACAACCCCGAGCUGCUGCUGCACACACUGGAGAGCAUUCAGCUGCCCCACAAUCCCGGGCCUGUGACCGCACAGUUCAUAAACCAGUGGAUGAACGACACCGACUGUUUUCUUGGGCAUCACGACCGGAAGAUGUGCAUCAUCGGCCUGAGCAUCCUCCUGGGACUGCAGAACCGCCCUCCUGCGGUCGAUGCCGUGGCAGGGCAAAUCGUGCCCUCUGUCCUGUUCCUCUUCCUUGGCCUUAAGCAGGUCUGUGCUACCAGACAGCUGGGGACCCGGGAAGAUCGCACCAAGGUAGAGAAAGCCGACGUGGAAGAAAACGAGGAGAUUUCAAGUGAUGAGGAGGACACAAAUGUGACCGCUCAGGCCAUGCAGUCCAACCCCGGGAGGGGUGAGGAGGAGGAGCAGGAGGAGGACUGGGAUGAGGAGGUGCUGGAGGAAACGGCCCUGGAGGGCUUCAGCACCCCACUCGACCUGGACAGCAGUGUGGACGAGUAUCAGUUCUUCACGCAGGCACUGCUCACUGUGCAGAAUCGGGAUGCUGCCUGGUACCAGCUGCUCAUGGCGCCACUCAGUGAGGACCAGCGGCGGGCGCUGCAGGAGGUGUACACGCUGGCAGAGCACCGCAGGACUGUGGCAGAGGCGAAGAAGAAGAUUGAAGAACAGGGAGGCUUCACGUUUGAAAACAAAGGCAUUCUCUCUGCGUUUAACUUUGGGACUCUGCCCAGCGACAACUGAGGAAGGAAACGCGCCUGGCCAGGUCACCUCUCCUUCACACCGCAGGGACGCGGGUCAAGGGAGCAUCGGGGCUGCUGUUGAGCCCUCCCGCUGUGCCAGUGCCGCCUAGCUGGAGGCGGCAUUUUUACCCACUCUUCCCUUCCCCUUGGGCCCUUCUCACCCUGAAAUAUAUAUUUUAAGCAGCUACUGUAAUGUUUGACGUUAAGAAGAUCAUUGGACUGCAGAGAACAAACCAUGUGUUCCAAAGACUGACGAGGGGCUCAGAGGGCGGACUGACAAGUGCGUCUCAGGUUUGGCCAUGCAAAAUCAUGGAUUUAUGCGGAUAACAGUGCCUUCUGUUGUACAUGAAUUAUCUGAAACAUUUUUUUGGAGUGCAUUGGAAUUUUUUUUAACGCAUAAAACAUAUUUCUAGAUAUAAUGAAAACCUUGGCUCUAUGUUGACCUAUACUGCAUUUUACUAUGUGAGUUUACUGUCAGGCAGUUAUGACAAAUCACUCUGGUUUCAAAAACGUCCCUGCUUCCCUUGUCUCCCCGCCUCCUCCCCUUGCUGCUGGGGGUGUUCUUCAGGGUUUGGAAAAUAUGCACUGGCUCUGGUUUUCUAUAAGCUGUUUUAUGGCUUUCCCAAGUAGGGUUUUAUUCCCUCUCCUAUAGUAUUGUUCACCCCCUGAAGGGGGUCUGCAGAUCUGCAGAUUGAUUUCAAGCAUGGCCCCCCAUAAGGUCAGGACUCAAAUGUGGGAUGGAAGCAGGUGUCAGGGCUCUCUAGUCACUGGAAUUAACAAUGAGCCCGAGCAUAUUCUGAAUCACGUACUUAGAUACACAGUUGACUGUGGAUGACACUAAAGCACAGGAAGCUGUAGGGGAAGUGCUGCAGGGGCAUGCUGGGGCGCCCAUGUGCAAGAACUUACCAUUCCAGCUUGGUUGGGCCCUGGUCCAAAGCAUUUUCUAAUGUAUCUAUUUUUUAAACUAGGGAAAAGACUCAAUAGAUUUAGCUUCUGGCUUUCUCACACACCUACAUUUUCACCAAGAGCAGCCCAGUCUUUCUUACAGCUUGGUGUAGCUCUUGCAUCUUUCAAGGGCUGGGGACACUGGUCAUCAGCUGUCUUACAUGGCAGUGUAUGAGAGGACUUGUAAGACCUGUUGCAGGUGGAAGUUAUGGCUGUUUUCUGAACCAAGUCAAGACCAGACCACGGAGCUCGUUUUCAUUCAGUAAAGUGAAGAGUGUAUUUUCAGGACUUCGCAUGUCACUGGAUAUGAUACAGUUUUCCAUUUUUGUGAAAUGUCUGCAGCUUAUAUUCUCCAUCCGUGACUGGAGGAAUUUUCUCUAGGUGCUUCCUCCAAAACCCUCCCUUGUGGAUACAACCUGUUUCAAGAAUUCUAAGUUAUUUAAGCUGUCCUUAUGGAAGUAUCCUCAGAAGCCAUGGGUUUCUGAGUUACACAGCCCCCGCUCGCCUCUUCCCAGGGUGACAACACUGAAUGUGCCAAAGGCGGUGAGGAUGGCACUGGCGGGAAUUUUAGAGAUUUUGAGCUUUGAGACUCUUUUUAUCCUCUCCAUGUCCCAAAGGGUUUCAUUUUAACACACCCAACAUGCCUUCACAGUGGGCUGUCUGCUGCAGCACGAAAGGGAAGUGUGAAGGGGCAUCAUCCUGUCUUGUUUUUGAAGCCAGGGUAGUCAUAUCAUUUGUUACCAGCAGUGCUAACCCAAAUAUGAUCUGGUUACCUUGGAAAUGCAGGAACUUACAUGAAUGUACUGUAAAAUAAAUGCGGACUGACUCCAGAA